AUGCGGACAUACAUAAACAAUUACAUUUUAAAAACAGAAACAUUUUCACUUUUUCCUAUUCCUAUCAAUUUAUCAAUUUAUCUAUCCCUGUUCCUAUCAAUCAAUCUAUUUCGCUUUCUCUCUAUUUUCCUUCCUUCCUAUCUAUCUAUUUUCCUUCCUAUCUAUUUUCCUUCCUUCCUAUCUAUCUAUCUAUUUUCCUUCCUUCCUUCCUAUCUAUUUUCCUUCCUAUUUUCCUUCCUUCCUUCCUUCCUUCCUAUCUAUCUAUCUAUUUUCCUUCCUUCCUAUCUAUCUAUUUUCCUUCCUUCCUUCCUAUCUAUUUUCCUUCCUAUUUUCCUUCCUUCCUUCCUUCCUUCCUAUCUAUCUAUCUAUUUUCCUUCCUUCCUAUCUAUUUUCCUUCCUUCCUUCCUAUCUAUCUAUUUUCCUUCCUAUCUAUCUAUUUUCCUUCCUUCCUUCCUAUCUAUCUUUUUCCUUCCUUCCUUCCUAUCUAUCUAUCUAUCUAUCUAUCAAUCACAACUAUUAAACUGCUCUGUGAUAUCUGUCCUCUUGUAUGACUGCGCCAUAUUACGACCUAUCUAUCUAUCUAUCUAUCUAUCUAUCUAUCUAUCUAUCUCAGUCUAUUUCAUCUAUCUAUCUAUCUAUCUUCAUCUAUUCCUAUCUAUCUAUCAAAUUUUCCUGAUGGGUUUCCUCUUUAAAAAAAAUAUUUGUUUGAAACAUUUUCACUUUUCCUAUUCCUAUCAAUUUAUCAAUUUAUCUAUCCCUGUUCCUAUCAAUCAAUCUAUUUCGCUUUCUCUCUCUAUUUUCCUUCCUUCCUAUCUAUCUAUUUUCCUUCCUAUCUAUUUUCCCUUCCUUCCUAUCUAUCUAUCUAUUUUCCUUCCUUCCUUCUCUAUUUUUCCUUCCUAUUUUCCUUCCUUCCUUCCUUCCUUCCUUCCUAUCUAUCUAUCUAUUUUCCUUCCUUCCUAUCUAUCUAUUUUCCUUCCUUCCUUCCUAUCUAUUUUCCUUCCUAUUUUCCUUCCUUCCUUCCUUCCUUCCUAUCUAUCUAUCUAUUUUCCUUCCUUCCUAUCUAUUUUCCUUCCUUCCUUCCUAUCUAUCUAUUUUCCUUCCUAUCUAUCUAUUUUCCUUCCUUCCUUCCUAUCUAUCUAUUUUCCUUCCUUCCUUCCUAUCUAUCUAUCUAUCUAUCUAUCAAUCACAGUUCGUCCAUUAUUGUUGUGGUAA